AUGACUUCUUGUCUCAGCCGAUGAAUAGCUACUUGACAAACAGCGCUUGAGGGUUGAAGUUUUGUUUUUAAGAGCAGCAUAUGGGUUGUUACGGGAGCGUUUGUCGAAGUUGCACGGAGCGUUUCAAUGUGUGAGAACGGACACGGAAAUUACAAUGUGCUCAAACUAACUCUCAGUUAGGACUGAGAAGAACAAGCUGCACGUGCCUGGCCUCAUUACAUCUGAGCCAUGGGGUCAUUCCGAAAGCCCAGACCCCGUUUCAUGAGCUCGCCUGUGCUGUCCGACCUCGCCCGGUUUCAUGCCAGCUCGCCAACACUGCAGCUGUCCAACGCCAGUGUUUGGAACAGUGUUCAAACGGCUGUAAUUAAAGUCUUCCAGGGUGGUGGGCUACAAGCCAAUGAGCUGUAUACCCUGAAUGAAAGCAUAAGGUGGCUUUUGAGGACUGAACUGGGAUCCUUUAUCACGGAGUACUUUCAGGAUCAGCUCUUGAAUAAGGGUCUGUUGGAUAUUUUGGAGAAGAUUCAUCUUCAUAACGAUGAAAGCCGUCUUCAAGCGCUGUCUGAGAUGUGGGUGAGGUUUUUCACAGACAUCCUGCCAACUCUUCAAGCUAUUUUCUAUCCCGUGCAGGGUCAGGAGUUGACUGUGAGGCAGAUGGCUCUGCUAGGCUUCAGGAACAUGGUUCUGUUGAAGCUUCCUGUGGAGAACAUGUUUCAGGGCUCCUCAUAUCCUCCGCCAAUCACACAGAUGCUGCUGAUCCUGCAGGGCAUUCAUGAGCCUAAUGGUCCUACGCAGGAGUAUUUCCUACUCGAGAGGCUAGUGGAAAUGGUUAUAUCUCCCUACCUGAGUAACUACCUCAACAUGAAUCCUAACGAUUUCUCUUCAGAGGAUCGUCUGGAAGGCUUGAGAUUGGUCGACACGCCACACCUCAGUCAACCUGAGAUCAUGGUGACACAUUUUGCCCACGAGUCUUUCCUGGCACCUCUAAUCGAACACGAGGGUGAAGCCUAUUUGGAAAGGACUGGCGGUGUGCGACGCCACACAGUCGCCAAUGUGCAUUCAGACAUCCAGCUCCUGUCCAUGAAAAACAGGAUGUGUUCAGAAGAAGUGGAGGUCAGUAGCGCAGCCAGGAUGACCAAGACAGAGAGCAAAAGGACACUGAAGACUUUCUGCCGUGAACCUGUCUUUUUUGACUCCCGGCCAGGUGGUGUGGAAAUCCUUCAAGGGCAAAGCACUGCAGAGAUGAAGUGUGGCCUAACUAGUUAAAAAAAACUCUUUCUCAUGCUCUCAAAGCGCCCACUGAGAUCUUGUAAAGUUACGAUAACUGAGACAAGCUAGAACGUGUCCGCUUAAUACAAUAUGACUCUGCUGCUGUGGAAAUGUGAGCUGUUUUGUGUGCUAAAUACUGUUUGGCCUGUCAGUUUAGCCUGUUUUUAUGAGCUUGGAGUGUGGUUGAAGAAGUUUUACUUCAGCCCAUUCUUGUAAAGCAGGGCAAAAGAGUCACACGUCUUUCUGUCAUGGAAGUGGUAAAGCGGUGUGAAAAUAUGCAGGUGAGAGAGCGGCUUACAAAGGUACAGCAGAAGCCAUACUGAGACACAUAUGAUCACUAAACUAACUUCCACACAAUUAAUGUCUUUACCUUCGACUUCUUAAGCGAUCUUAUGGUUUCAUGUCUUUGUAGUUGAAACUAAACAUGCUGACGUGAAGAAAAUAGGAUUUUUAGUCUUUUUAUGAAUAUUUAGUUUUAUGGAAUUGUAAUAUUUAAAAAAUACAUUUAAAAUAAUUAAAAAGAAAAUUUAUUUAAUGUGUGCAUGUGUGUGUGUGUACCUACUUAACCAUAUUUUGGGGACAAAUGUGUACCCAAAAGUGAGCAAAACCUGACAAAAUUGCCACAAACCUUCAUUUAGGGAUGUCCUUGUUUGUAAAACUGAUAUAAAGAUAAAGUAAACAAGGUUUUUUUGCAGUUGUAAAAAUGGUGUAGGGUUGGGUUAAAAAGUGUAUAUCUGUAUAUAAAAACAAUAGAAGUCUAUGUAAUGUUGUCAUUUAGAUAACUAAAGAUAAAGUAAAAGUGUGUGUGUGUGUGUGUACCUUUUUUCAUUUCUAUUUUUUGAAGUAAUGAAGAAAGUGGUUUUGAGAUUA